AUGGAUUUAUCCUACACAACAGAUAAGAUAGGCCCAGCUGCAGGUACCUUUGCAAAUAUUGCUAGGGAUGAAGAAUUUCUCAACAACCCAAAGUCAAAGACUCAGGAUGAGCUUGAUGGUAAAAGGAAGGUACCUCCACCACCACUUGCAAGUACACCACAGAUAAAACGAUCCAGACUGAUUUUAAAUCAGGCAAUGAACACUUUGAACAAAGCGAAUGAAACUAAACCUGAAUCUGUGAAAGCAGGGAAAGAAAAAUCUGUCAGUAAAGCAAUGAGUCCAGUAACUGUUCAAGAUAUAGAUGAAAAUUCGAAAGCAAUCAAAGUUGAAGUAACAGACUGCGAUGAUGAGUACGACCCUAGUGGUAAAUAUAUGCGGAACACUGGUGAUGACUCGUCGAUGAAUGAUGACUAUAAUGAUGAUACAGACGUGGAAGAUAGUUAUGGGCCUGGUGGUGGAACAUUAGGGGAUUCUCAGAUGAGUGGUUCAUCCGCUGUAAAUGUUGAUGAAGAUGAAUCGAAUACACCUGGCAAGCAUAAACUAGAUAUGACGUCUAAUCACAGUAAUGACUUUGGGCACGAGUACUACCGCUCAGAACAAGAGUUCAUCCUUAAGCAGGGAUUGAACUGGACUUGUGGCUAUAAGCCUGCAAUCAAAUGUACAUUUUGUCAUAAAACAUUCACCUCUCUAAGUGCGAGAAAACGACAUGAAAAAACUGUGCACGCCAUGGAAAAGAAGUUCCAAUGUGAACAUUGCACUGAAAAAUUUGCGUAUAAAUGGCUUAUGGAAGCACAUGCUGCAAAAAAGCAUGGUAUAGGAAAACUUUUCACCUGUGCGUGCGGGCAGACAUUUAAUCGCCAGAGUAACCUUACGCAGCAUGCGACAAUAUGUAAAGAAGUUCAAGGACCAGGGAACGAGACGGUGUGCAAAGUUUGUACUAAGCGAUUUAAAUGUAAGAAAUAUUUAGACGUGCAUAUGAAAUUUCAACAUGACAUUACAACUCAACCGUCAGUUUGCAAUAUCUGUGGAGAGUCAUUUACACGACCCUGGUCAUUAACGAGACACUUAAAGAGAACACAUGCUAUUGUAGAAUCUUUAAAUAAGGAAACCGAUUCCAAUACUGCCACAAAUACAUCUGGUAAAGAGGGGGAAUCAGAUUCUGAUACAGAAAUAACAAAUAAAGAGACAAAACAAAGUACAAAGAAAGUUAGUCACGGUACUAAAAGAACACGGUCUGAUAGUAAUAAAUCAAACUCUGUAAGUGCAGAUGUGCAAAAUGAAAAGAUAAAUCUGUCAUCAGAAUCAAGUCUUACGAACAAACAGACAGAGAAGUUGUUGCCUGAUAAAGACACUAGUUCUGAAUCUAAUGCAGAUUUUGUUGAAGAUAAAAAAACAGACACAGAUUGAAAAUAAGGGUCUAACCAAGAUAACAAGUUGUUAUAUCUUAUAUUGUGCAAUAGCUUAGUAUUUUAGCAUUUAGUAUUUUUAGAGGUUUAAAAAGUUUCAGACUUUUUAAGACCAACAAAAAAGUAAUAAAUCUGUUUCAGGUGUCCAGCAAAAAAAGAAGAUUUUGAGUUGUUUAGAAUGGUGCUUUUAUGUUUACAUUUUAUUUUUACCAAGCAAAAAAUUUGUUCAUUCAUUACCUGUUUUAUCCAACCAAUCACUAGAUUUCUUCGAAUAAUGUGACCAUACAAAUAUAUAUUUUUCAGUAUUCAUCGCAUAUAUGCGUAAAAUCUGUCUCCCAAAGGAUGUUUCUUUUCAGAGAUUGUACUUUAUAACAAGAGGAUAUGUACUUUUUGACAAUUAAAAAUUUCAAAAACAGAGAUGACUCUAUUUUAUAAAAAUGUAGCACAGUUUAUAAUUUAUUUGUUUAUCUGGUAAGACAAUAUUCAUGACUUAUUCAUUUUAUAAUUUAUCUAUCAUUGACCAUUACCUUGCCAGCUUUGUAUACUGAAUUAUUCCUGUUUUGAAUUUAGAUAUGCCAAUUGUACAAAUUAGGGGUUAAAAUAUUUAUAUUAAGGAGCAAAUAGUGUGGCCAUUUAUUUUACUACUGUUAUACUUUACAAUUCAAAAUUUGUUCAAUAGACUUGCCCUGUUUUGAGUUUGGAAUAGUCCAUUGUAACAAUGUUUUUCUUUUUCAAAAUGUUAAAUUAUUAAUCCAGCAUGAUAGUCUUGUUAUUAGGGCUUAAACCAGUUUUUAGCUCACCUGUCACAAAGUGACAGGGUGAGCUUUUGUGAUCGCUUUUCGUCCGGCGUCCAUCCGUCAGUCCGUAAACUUUUGCUUUAAAUGACAUCUCCUCAUAAACCACUAAGCCAAUUUCAUCCAAACUUCACAGGAAUGUUCCUUUGGUGGUCACCUUUAAAAAUUGUUCAAAGAAUUU